AGCCCAAACCCUCCUUCCAGAAGUUUCUUUCCUAUCUCCCAAAUUUUAUGCUCUGACAUACCUAAGUAACAUUUUCAUAUUUUUUACCCCUCUAAGCUUUCGGAUCUCAUCAGAUCUCUAACAAUCCAGGUUUUUGUACGGAGAUUGCUUGGUCAAAUCAAAAUAAUGAUUGCUCUAACCUUUUCCAUUAUCUCAUCCGGUUGAUCCUCGCACUCUUGAGGAGGAUUUGCAAGUGAGAUCUCUACGUUAGAAGUGGAAAAUGGAAACAAGUGAUUACAAGUUGACCACUAAGAUCUUUAUCUAGAAAAAAUGACAGCUGAGCUAGUCAAUGCUGCGACAAGUGAGAAACUGGCUGAAACUUAUUGGACAAAAAAUAUUGAAAUCUGUGAGUUAGUUGCUCAUGAAAAAAGGUUAGCUUUUCGACAAUUCUAUGGAUCAAUUGAUAAAGUUGACUAAAAGGCAUUUUCUAUGGGUUUAUUGUGGAUUAUGGAGACUUAGUUGAAAUUGACGGAUUUGACAGAGACUAUAGGGUGAGAAUUUUUUUUUUUUUUGGGAGAAUUAGUUAUGAAAGAUUAAUAUAAAAAAAGUAUCUCAAUGGAUUUCAUCACAAUAAUGAAGUGACUUUUUUUUUGGGCUUCUAUAUUUUGCAUUGCAUUUCAUUUCUUUCAUUUUCCUGAUUCUAGCUGCCUCAGUUCUGUUCAAGAGAUAGGUCCUUAGUUGUCAAGGAAAUCUUCGGAGUAUGCGCUAUAUGCUUGGUUCUUAUAGUUGUUUUGGUCAUUAGUAAAAAUAAUUGAAAUGGAAAGUGAGAAGAACCAAUACUUAGCAUUUUACUUCUAACUAUUGAUCUUUCUUUUCAACAGUUUUUUAACAAACUUUUAUAUCUCUAUAAAAAAAAAAAAGAAUUUGGAUAGUGGCAUAUUAUAAAAGAAAUAAAAAUGUAUUUUUUUUAUUCUCUCCCUACAAAUUAGCCACCUUUGUAACGUGGCUAAUAUAAAAAAAAUGUGGCCAAAGUAAUGCUACCACACUCAUGACAGCAGUAGCAAAGUGAGCAAAUAAAUGUGGCUAAAAAAAGCCACGCCAUGAUUAGGCACAUUUGGCAAAAAUGUGUUAGUUUGGUUUAGCCACGUUUUUUAGCGUGGCUAAACACCGUGUUUUUUGUAGUGUAUGGGCUAUGGCAGGAAGCCAGGAACCAAAUUUGAAAUUGUUUGUUUAAACAAAGACUGAAGAGGAAGAGGGAGGGACCCAACAACAAGCAAUAGGUAACACUGCUGAAAAGGUUUGAUUUUGAGGGAUAAUGGGUGGGAAGAAGAGGAAAAGGGAGGGACCCAACAACAAGUUUUCAGAGAAUCCACCAGAUUUUGGGCAUCUUGCUUCUCUGUACCCAUCAUUCGAACCCUUUGUGCAAUACUCGCGUUAUGGGCACCCCAGGAUCGAUUGGACCGACUUCAACGCCACCCGUGAACUCACCCGUGUAUUACUCCAUCACCACCAUGCUCUCAACUGGUGGAUUCCUGAUGGGCAGUUGUGUCCUACUGUUCCCAACAGGUCUAAUUACAUCCAUUGGGUUGAAGAUCUUCUCUCAUCUGACAUCAUUCCAAAUACCAUUUCAACUGAAGGUGGUAAGGUGAGGGGAUUUGAUAUAGGAACUGGAGCCAAUUGCAUAUACCCACUUCUUGGUGCAUCUCUUUUGGGAUGGAGUUUUGUAGGAUCAGAUGUGACUGAUGUUGCAAUUGAGUGGGCGGGGAGAAAUGUUGAUAGUAAUCCACAUAUUUCUGAGUUGAUUGAAAUUAGACAGGUUCAAAGCAAUGCAGAUGCUCCCUGUGUGGAGGGGUUGCAUCACGAAGAGUCAGUCCAUGCUGAGAAUUAUCAUGGACCUCCCACUCUUCUUGGUGUAGUCAGGGAUGAUGAGAAGUUUGAUUUCUGCAUGUGUAAUCCGCCAUUUUUUGAAAGCUUGGAGGAAGCUGGACUUAAUCCCAAAACUUCUUGCGGUGGCACUUCUAAAGAAAUGGUUUGCCCUGGUGGUGAGAAGGCCUUCAUUACUCGUAUUAUUGAAGAUAGUACUCAGCUGAAGCAUCAUUUUCGGUGGUUCACUUCAAUGGUGGGUAAAAAAUCAAGUCUCAAGUACCUUACAUCAAAACUUUGGGAGGUUGGCGUAACCAUAGUGAAGACAACUGAGUUUGUCCAAGGCAGGACAUCCCGAUGGGGGCUUGCUUGGUCUUUCUUGCCUCCCAUACAGAAGUCAUCAAUUUCUUUGCCUGACAAGAAUAACAUGUCCUUCAUGCUUGAGGGACUUCAACGCCAACAUGGUGCCAUUAAUGUGUUGGAAGCUGUCAAGUCUUACUUCUCUUUGCAUGGCCUAUCCUGUACAUUGAAUACCUCCUCUUUCACGGUGGAUGUUGUGGCAUCGAAAGAUGAGUGUGAUUCAAUCAUGAAGAAUGAAUUACCCAUUACCAAUAAAUCCAUGGAUUGUCAACCUACAGGAGAGACAUCUAAUGGAUCAAGUCUGAAUUUCUCUUUGAAUAGAUUAUGCCUUCGAAUAUUGGUUUUUCAGCAAAUCCCUGGGACACUGUUGGUGAAAGGUUCCUUACAAGAUAGGAAUAGCCCAUUAUCAGGAGCAUUCUCAGUGAUUUUCCAAAAACUGGAGGAAGCUUUGAGGAAUAAAUUU